AUGGUCGCUGAACUCAAGCAAAGGUCCACGACCGCUACCAAGGAUGCGCAGGCCGCUCCUAAGGAGGAGUUUGCCGAUGCCAACAUCCCUGACGACUACGUUUCUCGCGUGCUCGCCACCGAGAAGCCUCUUCCCCCCGUUCAGCUCAAGAAUAUUCUCAACGAGAUCCAGUGGGUUUCAUUCUUGGCGUUGACCGUCACGCCCCUUCUUGGUAUCUACGGUCUUUUUACCACCAGCUUCAACAAGUACACCUUCGCCUGGUCGGUCGUCUAUUACUUCAUGACCGGUCUCGGCAUCACCGCUGGAUACCACCGACUUUGGGCUCACCGCGCCUACAACGCCACCCUUCCUCUUCAGUACUUCCUCGCAUGCAUGGGCUCCGGCGCUGUGCAGGGCUCCAUUCACUGGUGGUCGCGCGGUCACCGUGCUCACCACCGAUACACCGACACUGACCUUGACCCCUACGGAGCUCACUUCGGUCUCUUCUGGUCGCAUCUUGGUUGGAUGCUUGUCAGGCCCCGCCGCAAGCCCGGUGUGGCUGACAUCUCCGACUUGCGCAAGAACCCUGUCAUCAAGUUCCAGCACAAGUUCUACAUCCCCAUGCUCCUCUUCUUCGGCUUCGGUCUCCCCACCCUCGUUGCCGGCCUCGGCUGGAACGACUGGCGUGGUGGUUUCUUCUUCGCCGGCAUGCUCCGCCUCGUCUUUGUCCACCACUCGACCUUCUGCGUCAACUCGCUCGCUCACUACCUCGGCGAGGCCAGCUUCGACAACAAGAUGACUCCUCGUGACCACUUCGUUACCGCUCUGGUCACCGUCGGCGAGGGCUACCACAACUUCCACCACCAGUUCCCCAUGGACUACCGUAACGCCAUCCACUGGUACCAGUACGACCCCACCAAGUGGUUCAUCGCUACGAUGUACAAGGUCGGUCUCGCCACCCACCUCAAGACCUUCCCCGACAACGAGGUCAAGAAGGGCCGUCUCGCGAUGCAGCUCCAGAAGGCUCACGAGUUCGGUCAGCAGCUCGAGUGGCCCAAGUCUUCGGCUCACCUGCCCGUCAUCUCGUGGGACGACUUUGUUGAAGAGUCCAAGACCCGCCCUCUCAUCGUUGUUCACGGUUUCAUCCACGAUGUCUCUUCGUUCCUCGAUGAGCACCCCGGUGGACGCCACCUGCUCACUGGCAAGAUCGGCAAGGACGCCACCACUGCCUUCCUCGGUGGUGUGUACGACCACUCGAACGCGGCACACAACCUGCUCUCGAUGAUGCGCGUUGGUGUACUCGACGGUGGGUACCAGCUUGCCAAGGAUGAGCUUGCCAAGGCAGAGCGUGAGAACCGUGCCCACGGUACCUCGGCAAACCGUCCCGCUGGUGCUCCUCCUUCGCCCGUCACCUCGGACGAUGAGGACUUUGCCGCUCCCGCCACCCCCACCGACGAGGAGCCCAUGACUGCCAUCAGCACCGUCGCUGCCGCCUCGGAGCAGCUCAAGUCGCAGCAGUCGGCCGACGGCAUCAAGUCGAUCUCCGACAAGGCGGCUCACUACGUCACCCCUGGUGAGGCCUACACCAUCGUCAAGCGCGGCGAGCUCAAGGCCAACGCCAAGGUCGACGGUACCAAGUUCGGUCGCUUCCUCUAA